AUGAGUCAAAAGAAAGAUAUUUACCACGGUGUGGAGGCUACAGGAGGACUGCAAGCACAGCCACCUUUACCAGGAGGACUGCAGGCACAGCCACCUUUACCAGGAGAACUGCAGGCACAGCCACCUUUACCAGGAGAACUGCAAGCACAGCCACCUUUACCAGGAGAACUGCAGGCACAGCCACCUUUACCAGGAGGACUGCAGGCACAGCCACCUUUACCAGGAGAACUGCAGGCACAGCCACCUUUACCAGGAGAACUGCAGGCACAGCCACCUUUACCAGGAGGACUGCAGGCACAGCCACCUUUACCAGGAGGACUGCAGGCACAGCCACCUUUACCAGGAGGACUGCAGGCACAGCCACCUUUACCAGGAGGACUGCAGGCACAGCCACCUUUACCAGGAGGACUGCAGGCACAGCCACCUUUACCAGGAGAACUGCAGGCACAGCCACCUUUACCAGGAGAACUGCAGGCACAGCCACCUUUACCAGGAGGACUGCAGGCACAGCCACCUUUACCAGGAGGACUACAGGCACAGCCACCUUUACCAGGAGGACUGCAGGCACAGCCACCUUUACCAGGAGGACUACAGGCACAGCCACCUUCACCAGGAGAACUGCGGGCACAGCCACCUUUACCAGGAGGACUGCAGGCACAGCCACCUUUACCAGGAGGACUGCAGGCACAGCCACCUUUACCAGGAGAACUGCAGGCACAGCCACCUUUACCAGGAGGACUGCAGGCACAGCCACCUUUACCAGGAGGACUGCAGGCACAGCCACCUUUACCAGGAGGACUUCAGGCACAGCCACCUUUACCAGGAGAACUGCGGGCACAGACACCUUUAACAGGAGAACUGCGGGCACAGACACCUUUACCAGGAGGACUGCAAGCACAGACACCUUUACCAGGAGGACUGCAAGCACAGACACCUUUACCAGGAGAACUGCAGGCACAGACACCUUUACCAGGAGAACUGCAGGCACAGCCACCUUUACCAGGAGAACUGCAGGCACAGCCACCUUUACCAGGAGAACUGCAGGCACAGCCACCUUUACCAGGAGGACUGCAGGCACAGCCACCUUUACCAGGAGAACUGCAGGCACAGCCACCUUUACCAGGAGGACUGCAGGCACAGCCACCUUUACCAGGAGGACUGCAGGCACAGACACCUUUACCAGGAGAACUGCGGGCACAGACACCUUUACCAGGAGAACUGCAGGCACAGCCACCUUUACCAGGAGAACUGCAGGCACAGCCACCUUUACCAGGAGAACUGCAGGCACAGACACCUUUACCAGGAGAACUGCGGGCACAGACACCUUUACCAGGAGAACUGCGGGCACAGACACCUUUACCAGGAGAACUGCGGGCACAGACACCUUUACCAGGAGAACUGCGGGCACAGACACCUUUACCAGGAGAACUGCGGGCACAGCCACCUUUACCAGGAGAACUGCAGCACAGACACCUUUACUGCAGCACAGACACCUUUACCAGGAGAACUGCAGGCACAGCACCACCUUUACCAGGAGAACUGCAGGCACAGCCACCUUUACCAGGAGAACUGCAGGCACAGCCACCUUUACCAGGAGAACUGCAAGCACAGCCACCUUUACCAGGAGAACUGCAGGCACAGCCACCUUUACCAGGAGAACUGCAGGCACAGCCACCUUUACCAGGAGAACUGCAGGCACAGACACCUUUACCAGGAGAACUGCAGGCACAGACACCUUUACCAGGAGAACUGCGGGCACAGACACCUUUACCAGGAGAACUGCAGGCACAGACACCUUUACCAGGAGAACUGCAGGCACAGACACCUUUACCAGGAGAACUGCAGGCACAGACACCUUUACCAGGAGAACACUCCCAGGAACUUCAGGAAAGGGAAAGAGACAAGAUACAGCGAUAA